UUGAUUUAUUGAAAGACUCAUAAAUUGAUCGAUAGAGCCAACUUUGAUUUAAAAAGGAUGUCAUCGAACGUGGGAACUGAAUCAGUAGGGCAACAAUCGACGUUGACACGGCGACCUUCGCGUAGCGCUGCCAACACUGUAUUUUCUAUGGAGGUGUUUGACAAUGAGGUCGUCCCAUCAUCACUCCAAUCAAUUGCCCCUAUUCUCCGUGUAGCCACUGAGAUUGAGGUUGAUCGUCCUCGUGUUGCAUACCUGUGUCGAUUCUAUGCGCUGGAGAAGGCGCACCGACUGGACCCAAGCUCCAGCGGCCGUGGUGUUCGUCAGUUCAAGACUGGCCUCCUUCAGAGAUUAGAGAGGGAUAAUAACUCAAGUCUUCCUGCUCGGGUCAAAAAGACUGAUGCUCGGGAAAUUGAGAGCUUCUACAAACAAUACUAUGAGAAAUAUGUUGUGGCACUUAGCAAGGGGGAACAAGCGGAUAGAGCUCAGCUUGGCAAAGCUUACCAGGCAGCUGGAGUCCUGUUUGAAGUGCUUUGUGCUGUUAACAAGACUGAAAAAGUCGAGGAAGUUGCUCCUGAGAUUAUGGCUGCAGCAAAUGAUGUCCAAACAAAGAAGGAAAUCUAUGCUCCAUAUAACAUUCUUCCCCUAGAUUCUGCUGGGGCAUCACAAUCCAUCAUGCAGCUAGAAGAGGUGAAAGCUUCUGUAGCUGCUUUAUGGAACACACGAGGCUUAAGCUGGCCAGCCUCCUUUGAACAGCAGCGACAAAAAGCAGGGGAGUUGGACCUUCUUGAUUGGCUGAGGGCCAUGUUUGGGUUUCAGAGGGAUAAUGUCAGGAACCAGAGGGAGCAUUUGAUUUUAUUGCUUGCAAAUAUUCAUACAAGGCUCAUCCCCAAGCCCGAACCACUAAACAAACUUGAUGAUCGAGCUGUUGAUGCACUUAUGAACAAGCUUUUCAAGAACUACAAAACAUGGUGUAAAUACUUGGGAAGGAAACACAGCUUAAGGCUCCCUCAAGGCCAGCAGGAUGUGCAACAGCGAAAGAUACUUUACAUGGGCCUUUAUCUUCUUAUCUGGGGUGAAGCAGCUAAUGUCCGCUUCAUGCCAGAGUGCCUAUGCUACAUUUUCCAUAAUAUGGCAUAUGAACUCCACGGUCUCUUAGCUGGAAAUGUCAGCAUUGUUACUGGAGAAAAUAUCAAACCUUCUUAUGGCGGGGAUGAUGAAGCUUUCUUGCGGAAAGUUAUAACACCCAUUUAUCGAGUGAUUGAAAGGGAAACCAAGACGAGCAAAAAUGGGAAAGCACCUCACUCAGCCUGGUGCAAUUAUGAUGAUCUGAAUGAGUAUUUCUGGUCGUCAGAUUGCUUCUCUUUGGGUUGGCCAAUGAGUGACGGGGGUGAAUUUUUCAAAUUGACAAAAGAUUCAGCAAAGGGAAAGCAAGCUCCUCAUAAAAAGCGAGGAUCGAUGGGGAAAUCAUUUUUUGUGGAAAGCCGGAGCUUUUGGCAUAACUUUCGAAGUUUUGAUCGUCUUUGGACAUUUUACAUACUUGCUCUUCAGGCCAUGAUUAUCAUUGCAUGGAGUGAUGUUUCUAUAUUAGAUAUUUUCCGGAAGGAUGUCUUGUAUGACUUGUCGAGCAUUUUUAUCACGGCGGCCUUUCUUCGCUUCCUACAGAGUAUGUUGGACCUCAUUCUAAACUUCCCGGUGUAUCUUAGAUGGAAAUUCACUGAUGUAUUAAGGAACAUCCUCAAGAUAAUUGUCGGCCUUGCUUGGUCCAUUGCUCUUCCAAUAUGCUAUUUGCACCAGAACAAUUCAUUUUCAUUUGGGAAGAUCAAAGAUAUGCUCUCCUUCCUAGAUAAGAUUAAGGGAGUGCCUCCAUUGUAUCUCAUGACUGUGGCUGUAUACUUGCUACCCAAUCUACUGGCAGUAGCUUUGUUUCUUUUCCCAAUGCUACGACGUUGGAUUGAGAACUCGGAUUGGCUUAUUGUCAGGUUUUUCCUAUGGUGGUCACAGCCUAGAAUCUAUGUGGGAAGGGGAAUGCAUGAAAGUCAGUUUGCACUAAUCAAGUACACUAUCUUUUGGGUACUGCUUUUAUGUUCAAAAUUCGCAUUUAGCUAUUUUAUACAGAUAAAGCCUUUGGUGAAGCCCACUAAAGAUAUAAUGAGAAUCCGCCAUGUUACGUAUGCUUGGCAUGAGUUCUUCCCAGAUGCUAAGUACAACUAUGGUGCUGUUCUUUCACUUUGGGUGCCAGUUAUCUUGGUUUACUUUAUGGAUCCUCAGAUCUGGUACGCUAUAUACUCCACCAUAUAUGGAGGUUUUAUUGGGGCCUUUGAUCGUCUCGGUGAGAUACGGACUCUGAGCAUGCUAAGGUCACGGUUCCAGUCUUUACCUGGUGCAUUCAACACUUUUCUAGUACCUUCUGACAAAAAGAGGAAGAGAGGGUUUUUUCUCUCAAAGCACUUUAAUGAGGGUUCAAAAAGCAAGAGAAGUGAAGCUGCAAAAUUUGCUCAGUUAUGGAAUGAGAUAAUAUGUAGCUUCCGCGAAGAAGAUCUCAUAAGUGACAGGGAGAUGGAUCUUCUUUUAGUUCCUUAUUCUUCAGAUUCCAGCCUGAAACUAAUCCAAUGGCCGCCAUUUUUACUUGCUAGCAAGAUUCCAAUCGCAUUGGACAUGGCAGUUCAAUUUCGAUCGAAGGACGCUGACCUUUGGAGGCGUAUUUGUGCUGAUGAGUAUAUGAAAUGUGCUGUCAUUGAAUGCUAUGAAUCAUUCAAACAUGUUUUGAAUGCUUUGGUUGUUGGAGAAACUGAGAAAAGGAUAAUAGGAAUCAUCAUUAAAGACGUUGAAGGUAACAUACUGAAGAACACAUUCCUUGCAAAUUAUAGAAUGGGUCCCUUACCUGAUCUUUGUAAGAAAUUCGUGGAGCUUGUAGAGAUGUUGAAAGAUGGUAACCCAUCCAAGAAAGAUAGAGUUGUUUUGCUGCUACAAGAUAUGUUAGAAGUAGUUACCCGUGACAUGAUGGUGAAUGAGAUCCGUGAGCUGGCUGAACUUGGUCAUAGUAGUAAGGAUUCUGGAAGACAACUUUUUGUCAAUAUUUUGUUCCCUCCUCCAAAUACAGCACAAUGGGAAGAGCAGAUACGUCGUCUUUAUAUGCUCCUAACUGUAAAAGAAUCUGCCAUUGAUGUGCCAACAAACCUUGAAGCGCGCCGGAGGAUAGCGUUUUUCACAAAUUCACUCUUUAUGAAUAUGCCACGUGCUCCUCGAGUUCGCAAAAUGCUUUCAUUCAGUGUCAUGACUCCCUACUACAGUGAGGAGACUGUUUAUUCGAAGAGUGACCUUGAAAUGGAAAAUGAAGAUGGUGUAUCAAUUAUAUAUUAUCUUCAAAAAAUAUAUCCAGAUGAAUGGAAUAACUUCAGGGAGCGUCUAAACUGCAACGAACAAGAGGUCUGGGAAAAUGAAGAGAACAUUCUGCAAAUACGUCACUGGGCCUCCUUGAGAGGACAGACUCUUAGCAGAACAGUCAGAGGAAUGAUGUACUAUAGAAGGGCUUUGAAGCUUCAGGCUUUUCUUGACAUGGCCAGAGAAACUGAGAUACUUGAAGGCUACAAAACCGUUUCAGAACCAUCAGAGGAAGAUAGAAAGAGUCAGAGAUCCUUGUAUGCUCAAUUAGAAGCUGUAGCUGACAUGAAAUUCACAUAUGUAGCCACAUGCCAGAACUACGGGAACCAGAAGCGGAGUGGAGAUCGUCGUGCAACUGACAUUUUAAAUUUGAUGGUGAAUAAUCCAUCUCUCCGUGUAGCAUAUAUAGAUGAAGUUGAAGAAAGGGAAGGUGGAAAAAAUAAAAAGGUUUAUUAUUCCGUAUUGGUAAAAGCUGUCGAUAAUCUUGAUCAGGAAAUCUACCGCAUAAAGUUGCCAGGCUUAGCAAAGAUGGGAGAAGGGAAACCUGAAAACCAGAAUCAUGCUAUUAUUUUUAGUCGUGGGGAAGCUCUUCAGACGAUCGAUAUGAAUCAGGACAACUAUCUGGAAGAAGCUCUUAAAAUGCGAAAUCUACUUGAGGAAUUUAACGAGGAUCAUGGGGUGCGGUCUCCUACUAUUCUCGGUGUUCGUGAACAUAUAUUUACAGGAAGUGUAUCAUCAUUGGCUUGGUUUAUGUCAAAUCAAGAAACAAGUUUUGUCACCCUUGGUCAAAGAGUUCUAGCAAGACCUCUGAAGGUGCGGUUUCACUAUGGGCAUCCAGAUGUGUUUGAUAGAAUUUUUCACAUUACCCGUGGUGGCAUAAGCAAAGCUUCUAAGGGCAUUAAUCUUAGUGAGGAUAUAUUUGCCGGUUUCAAUUCGACUCUGAGACGUGGAAAUAUUACUCACCAUGAAUAUAUCCAAGUUGGGAAAGGAAGAGAUGUUGGCCUCAACCAGAUAUCACUUUUUGAAGCCAAAGUUGCAUGUGGUAAUGGGGAGCAAACACUGAGCCGUGACAUCUACAGACUGGGCCAUCGUUUUGACUUCUUCCGCAUGUUGUCAUGUUACUAUACAACAACUGGUUUUUAUGUCAGCUCAAUGCUUGUGGUCCUUAUAGUCUAUACCUACUUGUAUGGAAAGCUCUAUCUUUCACUUAGUGGCAUGGAGACUGCCAUAGUCAAAUUUGCAAGAUCAAAGGGAGACAAUGCUUUGAAGGCUGUCAUGGCUUCACAGUCACUUGUUCAACUAGGUCUUUUGAUGUCACUUCCCAUGAUUAUGGAAAUCGGACUAGAGCGGGGCUUUAGAACUGCAAUUAGUGAUUUAAUAAUUAUGCAGCUUCAGCUUGCUUCUGUCUUCUUUACUUUCUCUCUUGGGACGAAACUCCAUUAUUUUGGGCGGACGAUUUUACAUGGUGGAGCGAAAUACAGAGCCACUGGACGUGGUUUCGUUGUGCGACAUGAAAAGUUUGCAGAGAACUACAGAAUGUACUCAAGGAGCCAUUUCACAAAAGCACUGGAAUUGCUUAUUUUGCUCAUAGCUUAUCAAGUUUAUGGUGCAGCAGCUCCGGAUUCUACAAUUUUCUUUCUUGUCACUUUCUCGAUGUGGUUUCUUGUUGGUUCAUGGUUGUUUGCACCUUUUCUUUUCAAUCCUUCUGGAUUUGAGUGGCAGAAGAUAGUGGAUGAUUUUGAGGAUUGGACUAAGUGGAUAAGUAACCAUGGAGGUAUUGGUGUUCCAGCAGUCAAGAGUUGGGAAUCGUGGUGGGAUGAAGAACAAGAGCAUCUCGAACACACAGGUUUGUCAGGGAGGUUCUGGGAAAUUGUCCUCUCUUUGCGCUUCUUCUUCUACCAAUAUGGAAUCGUUUAUCAUUUGAAUGUGGCCAAUGGCGACAAAAGUUUCAUGAUUUAUGGUCUAUCGUGGCUGGUUAUUGUUGCCGUGAUGAUAAUCUCGAAGAUUGUGUCCAUGGGAAGGAAGAAGUUCAGUGCAGAUUUUCAGCUGAUGUUCAGACUUCUCAAGUUAUUCUUAUUUAUUGGGUUCAUAGUGAUUCUUGUGGUACUCUUCACAUUCCUAAACCUGAGGACUGGAGAUAUUUUUGCGAGCUUACUCGCUUUUUUGCCAACCGGAUGGGCUCUUCUGCAGAUAGCACAGGCUUGCCGGCCUAUAGUGAAGGGAUUGGGAAUGUGGGGGUCUGUUAAAGCUCUAGCAAGAGGGUACGAGUAUAUUAUGGGAUUAGUGUUAUUUACACCCGUGGCGGUUCUAGCCUGGUUCCCAUUUGUAUCGGAAUUCCAGACUAGGCUGCUUUUCAACCAGGCCUUCAGCAGAGGACUUCAAAUCCAGCGUAUUCUGGCUGGUGGAAAGAAGCACAAGUAAAUACUUGUAUAACCUUACAAGAUUAAAGAUUGGAACAAGACCAGAGACUGAUGUAACAGAGGUAGCAGUGGUUUGAAGAGAACCUCGAGCUUGCUACACAGAGAGUAUAUUAUCUAUAUAUAUCAUCGGAUAACACAACUUCUGCUUAAAGAUCUCGUUAUAAUUUGUUGAUAUACAGAUCCUAGUGCUCUAGAGAAAUCUUUAGAAACAAAUGCUUCUGCAUUUUGACAGAGACUUCACAUCCAUGUUUACUUGUGAUAUAUAUACAGCAAAGCUGAUAAUAUGUAGCUACUUCGUAUCUAUGUAGAUUUGGUGCUAUAUAUAUGUACACACAACAACAAAGCUUACAGUGUGUAAUGUCGUGCUAUAAUUCAAUUAAUUUCUUAAAUUUGCAUGCA